ACCCAAACCCAAAGCAUUAAACUUCCCCAUCCAUAGCGGAUCCACUCCACCCACCCUCCGCCACGAGAACCGCCGCGGAAAUUAGUUCAUCCGGGAACAGAAGGAGAAGCAAUGGCGGCGAAAUACGACUUGACGCAGCGGAUAGCACCUCAGCUGGACCGGCAUCUAGUGUUCCCACUGCUUGAAUUCUUGCAGGAGAGAGGUCUGUACCCAGAGGAGGAUAUUCUGAAGGCGAAAAUCGAGCUUCUUAAUGACACUAACAUGGUCGAUUAUGCAAUGGACAUUCACAAAUCCCUGUACCGCUCCGACGACGUUCCACAGGAGAUGGUUGAGAGGAGAGCCGAGGUGGUAGGUAGGCUGAAGGCACUGGAAGAGGGAGCAGCUCCUUUGAUUGCCUUUCUGCACAAUCCUAAUGCAUUUCAGGAACUGAGGGCUGACAAACAGUACAAUCUUCAGAUGCUUAGUGAUCGCUAUCAGAUUGGUCCCCAGCAGAUAGAAGCACUAUAUCAGUAUGCCAAAUUCCAGUUUGAAUGUGGGAACUACUCCGGUGCUGCUGAUUAUUUGUACCAGUAUAGGGCCUUGUGCACCAACAGUGACAGGAGUUUGAGUGCAUUAUGGGGAAAACUGGCUGCAGAGAUAUUGAUGCAAAAUUGGGAGAUUGCAUUGGAGGAGCUUAACCGCUUGAAGGAAAUCAUUGACUCUAAGAGUUUCUCUUCUCCGUUGAACCAAGUCCAGAGUAGGAUAUGGCUAAUGCACUGGAGUCUAUUCAUCUUCUUUAACCAUGAAAAUGGAAGAACACAGAUCAUUGACUUGUUUAAUCAGGACAAGUAUCUGAAUGCAAUCCAAACAAAUGCUCCCCAUCUUUUGCGAUACCUGGCAACUGCAUUCAUUGUCAACAAAAGGAGGAGACCUCAGUUUAAGGAAUUUAUAAAGGUGAUUCAGCAAGAGCGGUACUCUAAUGAAGAUCCCAUUACAGAGUUUUUGGCAUGUAUAUAUGUCAACUAUGACUUUGAUAUGGCUCAGAAAAAGAUGAGAGAGUGUGAAGAAGUUAUACUGAAUGAUCCAUUUCUUGGCAAAAGGGUGGAGGAAGGAAACUUUUCAACUGUACCUUUAAGAGAUGAAUUCCUUGAAAAUGCUCGCCUUUUCAUCUUUGAGACCUACUGUCGCAUUCAUCAGCGCAUUGACAUGGGAGUGCUUGCUGAGAAACUGAAUUUGAAUUAUGAGGAGGCGGAAAGAUGGAUAGUGACUCUUAUAAGGACCUCAAAGCUUGAAGCUAAGAUCGACUCAAAGAUGGGAACCAUUGUUAUGGAACCCAAUCAAACUAAUGUGUACGAGCAGCUCAUUGACCAUACUAAAUCACUUUCUGGUCGCACUUAUAAAUUAGUGAACCAGCUUCUAGAACACGCCCAAGCGCAGGCUGCUCGAUAGGGAAUGUAGCUAUAUUGCUGCUUGUUUUUUGACACUGAUGAUGCAGUUUUAUUCUUGCAAAUUUUGGAUUAAAUUUCGAUAUGCAGUUGAGGUCUGAUAAUAUAUUGUUUUAUGCAAAGGGAACAGUCCUUAGAUUCUUUGAUGAUAAUUUGAUGAUAUGGUAUUAAGGAGGGACGUGAAUAUAGAGUAUUAGAUCAGUUGGUGGUCUCAAUAUGAGAACUAUGUGCAGAUUGUAAAAUACUAUGAUAAUACAUGUUUCCUGGGUAAUUGUCCGGAGGUCAUAGAAUUUCUAGUUCCGGACAAUCACAAUAAUUUAUGUAAAGUGGAAAUAGGGUAAAUUACAUUGUUGGUCCUAUA